AUGCCCGUCUACGAUGCCACGCCCGAUGUCUGGACCAUCAAGUUCAAGAACGCCCGUACAACCAUCGUCCUGCACGUCUACCAGCUUCAAACCUUCUCCAGCAUCAAGGAAGAGCUUCUGCAUGCCCUCAGAUCUACAAUCCCUUCUGGUCAACUGAACGGCGCAACACUACCCGACUCAGCAGACGACAUUGAAUUCGCAAAACCUCGCGACUUGGCGAAUGUUGGCACAAGCGGAUGGCAGAGCAUUGAGGCAGACGCUCCCGUUGACGACUUUGAUGCCGACCUGUUCGGUGGAGGUGGCGAUGUCACACCCAAGGGCAAAGGAAAGGGAAAAGCUAAGGCAGGGGCGGGUCACAAGGAUUGCCCAUUGGGCGCUGGCUUGAAAGACAUGUGUGUGGUGGCUUUCAGAUUCAAGGGUCAAAAGACUGUUCCUGCACCUGUGGAUGAUGAUGUUGAUGAGGGCCUCGGUCUGGACCUGGAAGACGAGGUCGCGUCAGAUGCAGAUGGUUGGCAUGUCGUCUUGCCAAAGUUCGAAGACGUCUACGGCCUGAACGAUCUGGUACCCGACGACCAGCUCACCACUCCCAAAGCCGACAAGUUCACUUGGGUUGCUUGA